AAUCUAUCCAUUAUCUAUUACUUCCAGGAAAUUGAUUUUGCAAGAGUGGACUUUUACGAAAGAACUGGAUUAUAUCGUUCCAUAAUCCAGAAUGGAGGAGCUGUGGUCCAAGGAGCAAGUACUAUACGUUAUAGGAGAUUCAUCAGGCCUUUCUCUAAAUACAGGAUUACAUCUAAGAUUGUCUACUGGGACGACAAAAGCAUUUUCAUGGAACACCGUUUCAUCAGUUGUUCUGAUCAGUUUAUUUUGGCAAUUGCCAUUUGCAGACAAAGGCUGAUAUCUUGUGAUGCUCGUGAUGCCAUAGGACGACUUUUGGAGAAUCCUUUGGCACCGGCUCCAAAAAUACCCAAUAAUGAAACUACCAAGCAGGGCAGUAUCACUGUCGAAAAAAGCGUCAACUUGAGCAGCACUGAUUUGGAAGCUGGCCUAGUUUCUUUAGAUAACAAAAGUUUGGCCCAAAGCAACGGAUCAAUCAUCAUCAAUGAAAAAUAUAAGCCGGCGAUGCCAUUGGAGGUUGCAAAAUGGAUAGAAUCCAACGAGAUUUCCAGCGCCAUCUUACGAAGUGGUUGCUGA